AUGCUCCCCUUCUCCCUCGGGACCCGUCCCGGCAGCGUCUUGAUCCCCGCACCCCUCCCUCCUCCUCCUCCGCGCCCUCCGCGCCUCCUUCGCCGCCCUCCUCUCCCCGUCGACCCGGUCCCUCCACCCUUUGCCCCACAGCACGGUCGCCCACACGGCGCCGGCGCUGCCAAACACGAAGGCCGCGCUGAUGGUGCUGAACCAGCCCACCCCGACGGCCUCGACGGCGGGCAGCACGGCCGCCGAGCCGGCCGCGGCGAACAUGUACCGGAUCAGGUAGUUGCCCGAGAUGACCUCGGCGCCGCGCCCGGGCACGACGUCGAGGCAGUACGUGUUGAGGCUCGGGAAGGCGUGCAGCUGCGCGACGCCCUGGGCGAAGAGCGCGACGACCACGAGCGGGACGCCGCCGGCGUCCUUCUCGACGGCCCAGCCGUAGACGAGCAGCGUGGCGGGGAUGACGCCGCCCAUGAAGGGCAGCGCCGACCGCAGGCGGUCCUCGGGGACCCGGGUGCCGCCGCGCCGCCGGAUCCACUUCUUGGCCAUGUAGUCCGCGUACCGCCCGCCGCCGAGCGUGCCGACGAGGUACCCGCACCCGGGCGCGAGGUAGAACAGCCCGCCCUGCAAGGGGGUGGAGAGGCCGAAGCGCGGGUUGAGCACGUACCGGAUCGGCGUGAGCACCGAGAACAUGUUCCAGAGGAGCGAGGACGAGGCGACGCCGACGAGGUUCAGGUUCGGGUAGCGGAAGAGCCGCACGACGCGCCAGGGGUUCAUCAUGGACCGCAGGACGCGGAGCUUUCUCCGCAGCGGCAGGCCCGCGAGGUCGUCGGCCUUGCGGUGGAAGAUGGUCUCGGGCAGCAGGAAGAAGACGGCCGCGGCGGCCGCGCCCGAGAGGCCCGUCUGCAGCCAGAAGAUGACGCGCCACGAGGUGUAGGUGACGAUGAUGCCGCCGAUGACGGGGCCGAAGGCCGGCCCCGUGAGCCCGCCCGAGAGGUACCAGCCGAGGGCGGUGCCGCGCUCCGUGGGGCGGUAGAUGUCGCCGAUGACCGCGGCGCCCACGAGGAUCAGCGCCGUGCCCUGGUAGGCCGUGCACAUCCGGAAGAUGAAAAAGGCCGCGAGGUUGGGCGCCAGCGCCGAGGCCAGGUUGCUCAGGAAGAAGGCGACCGUGGCCGACAGCAUGGCGGCCCGGCGGCCGUACACCUGCGCCAGCGGGCCCCAGAAGACGGGCGAGAGGCCCAUGCAGAGCAUGUACAGCGCGUUGGAGACGUUGAUGACGGCGCCCGUGGUGCGGUACUCGGCGGCGACCUCGGGCACGGCCGACAGCACCGUCGUGCUGGUCAUGGGCGACAGGAAGGCGACGUAGGCGCACACGGCCACGAUGACGGCCUUGCGCGAGGGGGGCAGCCGGUCGUAGAAGUCGUCCGGGAUCUCGACGACGGAGCUCUGCGGCUCGAUGGGCGCCGCCAUGUCCGGGCCGAGGGAGUUGUGGGUCGAGAGCCGCGAGAGGGCCUCGUCGUUGUCUUCGUCGACGUCGUCGUCGUCGUGGAGCGAGCUGGUCGAGUCACCGUCCUCCUCCGAGUCCGAUUUAGACGGGGUGUGGGUGCGCGAGGAGGUCGUCAGGGUCGGGCCGAGCUCUACGUCGUCGGGCCGGUGUGGCUUGACGACCGCGGCGUCGAUGCUCGACCCCGGGCCCGAGCCCGUGGUCGCUGA